AUGGUCAAGGGUCCUUCCAGUGGAGACAGCGCCGGUGCUGGCUUCCAGCUGGGUCCUGACUUUGCGGAUUCUGUGUGCAACUCUCUAUGUGGCGGGGGAGUGCCUGCCCAUCACGAGGAACCCACCGCGAGCAGUACGAUGGAGGAUAAUGAUAGAGGCUCCGUGAGAGGAGUGAAUGCUGCGGAAGUUGCAGCUCUAGCUUUGGUUACUGGCAUGUGCCUCAUGGGCUGUGCUUACUCUGUGAAGCUACUGUGUAGGAAGAGGUGUAAAUGUAGACUAUGCAGUGGACACUAUCAGCUGAUCAAACGGCUGGGUAGUGGCGGCUUUGGGGAGGUAUAUUUGGUCGCAUCUCCGGAUCACAGUAAAGAGCUAUUCGCAGCUAAGAAAAUACCGGUCUCGAAUGUAACAGAGGCUGACAGCUUCUCCUCCGAGGCUAAGGAAUUGGCUCGCUUGCACCAUAGGUAUAUAGUCUCCUAUGUGGACGACUUUAUCCACAUUGAGUAUACACUGUGGGGAGCGAAGACCUUCUUCUUUGUUCUUAUGGAGUAUUGCUCUAGUGGUGAUGUGAAGCAUCAAGUUGAAAAGAACUUUGGUCAACUGACAGAAGCAACAGUGCUCGCGUGGUUUCAGCAGCUGUGUCAGGCUGUGCAAUAUCUGCAUUCACAAAAUGUGAUACACAGGGACAUUAAGUCUCAGAACGUUUUCCUGACCGAGAAUGGUGAUGUGAGACUAGGCGACUUCGGUCUGUGUAAGCACGACAAGAUGCGUAAGGAGACUAACCGAGGAGGCAGACUGAAGAGGACCUUAAGGAAGCCCUUCGCCCUCUACCGUACAGAUUGCUAUAUGUCGCCAGAGAUGCUGUGUUCGGCUGAGUGUGGUAAGCCUGCUGACGUGUGGAGUCUGGGUUGUGUCCUGUUCGAGAUGUGCUCGGGGAACGCAGUGACGGUCUUGUAUGCCGUCCAGGUCUACUCAAUGCUUAUGUCUUACAUGUCACCUUGUGUUGGCCCGGGCACUCGCAGUUUGGUGAAGAAAAUUCUGGAUCCGGAUCCGAGGAAAAGGCCGACCAUUGGUGAUAUCCUUCGCAAAAAGGUGGUGAAGCGUAGCAGUCGUAGUGCAUCAUCAGUACGGUUCGGAAUAGGAGGGUAUAGGGAGCACGAAGGAAACUCUGGAGUCGACAUAGGAGACGACGAGAGUACGAGCAGUUCGGAUGAGGUUGUGGAGUGCUGA